AUGAUCGAGAAAGCAGUGGUCAGUUUUUCCUCUCUCUCUCAGAAUCCAUUUGCCGAGUGGUAAGAAAUCCGACUCAACUGGGAGCGAAGUGGGACAAAUCUACGCCUAGCACAGACUUCUUUACCAGCUACAUUCCGAUUUUUCAGCAUGAAGUGGAUGGCGCUACUCUUUGUUGCGCUUGCUUGCCUGACCGUGUCUACAGACGCAUCAAGAUAUAAUAGGAAACCAAAAAAACCCAAGACGUGUCAACACUUUGGACAGUGGUCAACACAGUCGUGCCUGUAUAAGGAGAGCGACAAGCUGUCGCAGAUACUCGGGUGCCAAGACAAGGUCGAAAAUGUCUGCAAGUGCCCCGAUCGUACAUCAUGUCACACCUUGCUUGAAAGGGGUGGAACUGAAGAUGUUUGCAUGUUCAAGUGUGUUGAUAUCGACAAAGCGAAUGGAGUGAACGAUCUUGGCAAAUACACAUAUUAUUCGAUCAAGGGGGAAGAGAGACACAUUUGGGUGCACGAUGCUAUUUAGAUGAAUGCAUACGUCUUGGUUCUGUUUUGCUCGAUUAUCCUGUUUGUCUUAAAGUUACAAUAUUAAAGUUAAAAUAUUAUAUUUUGGUCAAGGAUGUCAUUGGAUAUGAAAAAGUCACCGAAACUACGAAUGCGUAGAAUGUGUUGUCAGACCUUGUGGCUGUAUACGUUGCGUACAGCAAGACAUUUCUUUUAAAGAAAACCCACUGCUCGAAAAGUUUUAUUUUGCACUGUAUUGAUGGAAAAAUAAUUGCUGAUUAAAGAGAGAAAGACGAUUUGAA